AAAUCAGAAUCUAAAUGUCACUUUUCAAAGUUUUCAUGUCCAAACACGCUUCCACCUCCUACCACCCAUUUCAGGAAUUUGUCAACCUCGCAUUUCACUAAUCACUUAUCACUAAUUCUAAUUAACAACCAAGUAACCAAUAACAAUAAUAUACCCUCCAUUAAACUAAUCAGAAAAAACAGGACAUAUACUCACUUUUUUUUUCCCCAUUUCUUUAUAUUCUUCCUACCCUCCAAUUAAGGAAUUUUUUUUUUUUAAUCUCAGAAUUUUGUUUUUCUUCCAUUGACUCUCUCUCUCUGUAUUUUUUGUCUUCCAUUGUUUUCUCUCUAAUCAAAGCUUCAACCUCUAAAAAAAAACAAUCUUUUUUUUUUAAAAAAUAAAAAAAUCAAAGCUUCAACAAUGGAUGCCGAAUUUUGGACCUCACGUCUUGCUGCCGCUAAACGUCAGUUUAAUUCACAGCACCACCAUCCCCAUAACUCAUCUCACCUUGAUCGGUUGAAUAUGGAUGAUUUUGAGCUUGAGGAUGAUGUACGACCUGAUGUUCCAUGCCCUUAUUGUUAUGAAGAUUUUGAUAUUGGUUCUCUUUGUAUUCAUUUAGAGGAUGAACACUCUUGUGAGUCUAGAGCUACGGUUUGUCCAAUUUGUUCUGUUAAAGUUGCACGAGAUAUGCUAAGUCAUAUCACACUGCAGCACGCACAUCUAUUCAAGUUACAGAGACGCCGUAGACUACGCAGAGUUGCAAUUCCAAAUAGCCAAGCACUGUCCCUGCUUGGCCGAGACCUUCGUGAAGCUCACUUGCAAGUACUUCUAGGUGGUGGUGGUGGAUUCCGGUCAAGUAGCUCACAUGCCUCUAAUGCUGCCAAUGAUCCAUUCCUCUCAUCCCUUGUAUUAAACUUCCCGGGAUCUGAGGUUGAUGAAAUCACGAAGUCAGUGGCAUCCACUAUCGAGGAUUCAACUCAGAAGAAUACCUCAACAACACGUUGUUGGAAACCAAGUUUUGAUUCUUCAUUAAGUUAUGAAGAAAGAGAGAAGAAGAUACAACAGGCAGCUGGUAGAGCUGGUUUUGUGCAAGAUCUGCUUUUCUGCACCCUCUUGGGCGAUUAAUGAACCGAUAAGUUAUCAAAAUAAAAGGUAACUGAGUUUUCGAGUCGCAAAAUGAGGGUAUAGUUGAGAGGGAUCGAUUGUAUGUCUUAUUUUCCUACACUUGCUGGCUACUAGAAUCUACAUGCAAUGAGAUUCUAUACUGUUUACUUAAACCGAGCCAGUGUUUGUACAUCGUAAUACCCCUUGAAGAAAAAGAAAUCGAAAUUGAAAUCUCAGCUACAUUUUGAAGAAACAAGGGUCUUUUUCAUGACUAUAGUUGUGAGGAAGGCUGAUAUGUACUUGUAAAUGUUGAAAGGUAAAAACAGUCUUUCAAGUGAGAAAUUGGAGGGUGUGCCUGCAUGCUUGUUUGCUUGCUUUUUUCUCCUUUGUUUUCCUGAGGAAAAGAACAGGAUAAAAGGAAACACCAAUGCUUGUAUUACGAUCACUAAUUGACUUGUACUUUCUUCCAUUUAUAGUAAAAUUGUAACUUUAUGGUGUA